AUGUGGGUAUCAUACAUGAGACUAACACCACCCCCACUGGUCACAAUAAUCUCCAACAAAGGGAAGGGAAAGGUGGGAGAUACCAACAACUUAGAGCAAAGACAAAGUGCAAGUGGACUUUCAAGCAGAGUUCACGGUGAGGAAGGAAAUCUUGAGUUAACACAGAUAGCUCAAAACCUGCAGCAACCUGCAGAAAUGACGCAUUCACUAGAGGCGCACCAAGGUGAUAAUCUGCAGACGGGGAACAUGCAGGAGGAUCAGAUAGCCACAUCAGCGGACCCGAUGAGGAUUGUAACAAGAUCAGAUACAGAGGCAGAGGCUGAGAAGAUGUUAAAUCCCCACGGAGAAGUAGGAACAGGCAAGCCCUCAGACACGGUCGAAGCAUUAACCACAUCAGGAUUUCUCGAUAACAUGGAUGUUGCAGGUUUUAAAAUGGGCUGCGGAGAUACAAGUGCUAAUAGCUCGAGUGCCAAAGGGAAGAAUGCCAAAAAACAAAACAGCUCGUGGUCAAGGAGGAAGAGAAACGCUACUGGAGUAUUGGGCAGAGCACACCCUCGGAGACCAUACAACAUACAGAGGAACAUCGACUUGAAUCUCUCUGUAGGAUCAUUAAUCUCAUCCUUGGGACGCUGGCGAGAAAACAGAGUUCGUGAACUCUUCCCUCCCGCAGAUGCAGAACAAAUCCUCCAAAUGCCACUAGGGACGGUUGCUGAUAAACAUAUCUGGGCCUACAUAGAGCAUGGAGCCGAUACCCUGGACAAUCUGGAACAUAUGGAAGAACAGGAAUGCGAUAACCAUCACUGGCAAAUAGGAGGCCGUCGAAACGAUAAUAGCACGAUUUUCAGAGGAGGCAGAGUUGUGGACAAAACUUAA